ACGAUUUUCGUUUCAUUCCGCGGUUGCCUAGAGUUGUGUAGCAGCUACUUGUUAUUUUCCAAUUGCCGAACCGUUCAUUUUGCCGGUGAUUCGUUUGCAAAAUUUACGUUUCCCGCGUACACCGAGUUACCUCUCCGUCGUUCGCACUGUUCGGCUGCUGUCCAUUGCAAUUCGCAACUAGAACCAAACACACGAAGGGUGAACACUCAACAUGACCGCUCAACAAACUUUAAUUCCUCCUGUAAUUUGGGCACAACGUAAUGAUGUUGUGUAUGUUACCAUUUGUGUAGAAGAUAGCAAAAAUCCAGAUGUUAAAAUUGAAACUGAACAGAUAGUUUUCCAUAGUGUUGCUGGCUUGGAACAGAAAGUAUAUGAUAUUACCAUACCAUUAUAUGGAGCAGUAGAACCUGAAAAUAGCAAAACAACAGUUGGUGGUAGAUACAUUGAACUGGUUUUGAAAAAGCCAUCUACUGACACCAAGUAUUGGCCACAAUUAACCAAAGAGAAAAAGAAAUACCACUGGUUAAAAGUUGAUUUUAAGAAAUGGAAAGAUGAAAGUGAUUCAGAAGACGAAGCUGCAGCAGCAGGUGGUGGUGGUGGAGGAUUGGGUGGAGAUGGUGGAAACAUUGAUGACAUGCUCAGUAUGAUGGGCGGAGGUGCCGGUGGCCCUAAGUUUGGGGGCUUAGGAGGAGGCCUGGGAGGAGACUACAAUAUACCUUCUGAUGAGGAUUCAGACGAUGAAGAAAUGCCUGAACUUGAUGACAUUGAAAGUGAAACUGCGGGCAAAGGAAAAGAGAAGAGUGAAGAAACCCUGCCUAGCCUUGAGGAAGUAAAACCUAAAACAACUGCUUAAUCUCUACUAUUGUCAUUAUCUCAUUCUUCCGAAUUUUUGUUCACAUAAUAAUACGGUUUAAUUUAAAUGAUUUUGUAUGUGUAAUUUUUACAUCAAUCGAACAUAAUUUGUGCUCUAGUGUGUGCAUUAACAUUUCUCAUUCAGUUUAAGUGCCUAUUAUUGUUCACUCUGCCUGAUUUAUUUGUGAAAAUAUGGUUGAAACUUGAAUUUUCUUCAUCCCAUUCCUUUUUGCACCCUUAGAAAUUAAACUCCUGAAUUUUUGUCAUACAUUUUUCUUUAUGUGUUGAAUGAUAAUUCCUUAAAUUUCUAUUGGAAAUUAAUUUACAGAAUGGCAUUUUAGUAAUGAUGAAAAAAUUUUUUAUGUCAUCUAACUUUAUAUUGUUUCAUUAAACGUUGAUAAUGAAGUUUAGAAUUAAUGCAUUUCUAUGUAAAGUUGUUUUAUGCAAAAUUAAAAUGUCUAUAUUAAUAAUACAA